GAUAUAUUUUGAGUUUGACGUCGAAGUUGAGUUGACAGAAAAAUAAAAUUUCAAAAUUUCAAAUCUCCGUAGAUUUUAAGAAACAAAUAAGUAAGCCGUAAAACAAUUUGCCCAUUACAUUUGAUUUAGCGACUAAUUCGACAUUUUAAAUUAAUUCACAAGACUGCAAUAUGAACGCAAUCAAGCUAUUAUGGCGGUCUACCCCAAGCCGCAGUAUUUUGUUCAAUUAUAAUACAACAAGAUUAGCGUCUGCUGCUACUAUAACGCCUAUACAACGAAUAGAACCUCCACCUUCUACGAUAAAACUCGACAAAUUGUACAAGAGGGUAGAGCUUGAAAUGCGGGGCAUUGACCCCGCGGUACUGCUCAGUUACUCCUGGUUUUGCAUUGCUGCUGCAACACAUCUAGGCAUUGAUGUUACUAAAAGCUGGGCACUCAGAAAAGCAGAAAAAGAGAGGCACACAUUACUGAGAUGUGUGCACAUUUACAAAAAACACAGAGUGCAGUAUGAAGUCCGAUCCUAUUUCAGAUUCAUUCAUUUACAGCGACUAACCGGAUCCACAUGUGACACAUAUUUAGAAUACAUCGAGAGGAACCUCCCAGAAGGCUGCGCUUUGAAAGUGACAAAGAUUGAGUGUCAAACAAUACCGGAUCAUAUAAAACCACCUGUGGAUGAGAAAUAAUCAUAAUUAUUAACUUCUUGAAUGAAAAUUAAUGUUAACUUUCAACCCCUAUUUCACCCAUCUAUUUGUUCACAUGUUUUAUACACUUAUAAUAAAUAGUCCACUAAUCAUUUUACAAAAAUAUAACUGAAAAGAUGAACAGCCCACACCAAUACUUACUUUAUUAGGUCAAGUUUGUAUUCUGUGAAUUACCUAUGUUUGCUUUUACUUAUUUUUUUUAAAUGUACCUACGAGUAUAUUAUAUAAAGCUUCAAAGUAGAAGUGCACAGUACCUUCUAUGCAAGUGUGUUCCACCAUAGGCUGCAGCUGUGCUUGCAUCAGUAACCGAAAGAAGUGUGGAUUUCAUCCUACUCCUAACAAAUUAGCCCACUUCCAUCUAAGAUUGCAUCAUCACUUACCAUCAGGUGAGAUUGUAGUCAAGGGCUUACUUGUACAGAAUAAAAAAAAAACCUCACUCAUAUGGGUUUGAUGAAAAAAAAAUUCGAGAUUCAGUUUUAAGUAUGGGGGAACCCCAUAAAUUUUUUUUUCAAUUUUUGUAUGAAAAUUUUUUGUAUACGGUUCACGGAAUACAUCUACUCACCAAGUUUCAACAUUAUUAUAAUCGGAAAAAGUGGCUGUGACAUACAGACGGACAGACAGACAGACAUGAUGAAGGGUUUUGUUUUUGCCAUUUGGCUACGGAACCCUAAAAAGAUCAUCAUCAUUAGCAACCCAUAUUCAGCUUACUGUUGAACAUGAGUCUUUUCCCAGAAUGAGAGGAGUUAGGCCAAUAGGCAUACUAAUGAAAAAAGUGUACCGGAAUUUAUCAAUUAUCUGUUGAAAAUCUAUAUAGUACUUUUUGGUAAAAUAAAUGUGUAGAUAGUAGAAUAAAAAAGCUUUUAAAUUA